ACACCUGAAGCUCUCGGCUUCUCUCUGCCGCAGCUUCACUCUCAGGUUGAACUCCAGCGUUGAACUUCUGUCGGAUUCUUUCAGGCUUCAGGACUUUUUCUCUCCAGACGCAGCAAAGAAUCAAUAAUGGACAAAGUGUCGCAGAUGAUUUCCUGCUUGUUGCUGAUCGUCGGAGCCGCCACGGCACAAACAGAUCAGAAGCUGUCCGCCGAGCGCCUCCUGCCUCAGUGGCUCACCGGCAUCAUCGCGGUCGCUGCCUUCCUCUUCUUGGCGUUCGUGGCGCUGCUGGUGAAGAAGGCGUGGUUUGAAAGGUCCAGGGGGACGAGGUCUGAGGGAGAAUCUGAUCUGGUCCUGACCAACGGGGACACGUGGGACCCGAGGGACCCGAGCCGGGACGUGGUCAGGAGCAAAGACGUCGACGAGGUCUACACCCUGGAGGUCGACAGCUGUGAUGAUAAAGUUACUCCCAUGUGACCGAGCUCAACGAUCCUAUUGGUUCUCCUAACGUCCUCACAGCUCGUAGACAGAAAACACACGUUGUCUUUAGGGAAUAAAUAUACACAUUUUAUAUUAUAUAAAUGUAUAUUUCUGUGAAGAAUCUGUCAUUUGUUAUCAUCCCUAGUUUCCCUGAAUGAAAGGUUUCAUAUAAAAUGCAAUGUGAUCUGUCAUGUGAUCUGUCAUGUGAUCUGUCAUGUGAUCUGUGUGCUAACUAAUAAAUGAUUAAAUGACAAA